AUGCCGAGUACCACUCGCCAGAAUGCUAUCUGGGUCGAAGCACUUGAAGACGAGUCUGGAUGGGCUUGGUUCAUCCCUCUUCACGACGGAUCCACAUCUGUGAGAAUUGUGAUGGAUCUAGAGUCAAGCAACCAUAAGAAGAAAGCUUCUCGUGCGGCCUCAGGAGGAUCAGGUUCCAAUCUUCUGGCUCAUUAUAAGGAAGAAUUAAGCAGAGUCCAUUCGAAGGCUUUGGAGCGAAGAGGAUGCCCAACGUUGGCACACCUCAAAGAUUGCCACCUCUUACACGAGGCAUGUGGACCUGGUCGCUGGGGCGAUAGCAACUAA